AUGCCGCUCGAGUGCUUGAUGGACGAAGACUUCCGUCCGCUUGGCCUCGCUUCCAUUGCCGGUACAAUGAGCUCCGUGAAACACGCGGCCGUGAACCGAGAAUAUAUCCUCGCGCAAUUGGGAAAUGGUAUGCGCCUACUUAGACAGCGGCUAAGUCGACCGGGCGGCGCCGAUGCAGACAUUGUCCUCUACGUAACUGGCGACUUGGAAGGCUUCAAGCUCCACAAGAACAGACUCAAACAAAUGGUCGCAGCACGUGGCGGUUUAGAUAAUCUGGGCUACGGUGGCGGUACUAAGACUGUCCUGCUCCAAUGGGAUGCCUCGUGGAAGCUGUCAACGGGUGGCGGCUUAUGGGUCGACAACCGACCUCGAAAGAAGCCUAUUUAUCCUCCAUUACCUCUUGGCGAGCGGACCUUUGCGCUUGUCGAACGAUUGCCUCCUGGGUUUCGAGAACUCUGCGCAAAAGGUCUCAUUUGCGUCGAACUCUUGGACAUACUUGCGAGAAUGACGACAGCUAUGUCUUACAAAUCUUCCAGGCACAUCCCAUAUGACCAGAAAGUUGGCCAGUACGACGACUAUCUGUCGGUCUCGAGUCUUCAGACUCUAACGACUCCGAAUGAAGAAGGCAGCACCACUCCACCGACUUUGGAGGCUCUGCUAACAUUGGGUCUGAUCUUGUUCUCCUCUACAGCGUUCAAUGAGAUGCGAGCAAUACCGGUGAUCUUCCGAGGACCAAAGGAUGCGUUGUACGAGCACCUCCUACGUUUGGACCCAGACGCCCACGAGGGAGGUGACGAUGCACAGAACCAGUGUUAUCAGUGGCUGUGGGCUGUUACACUGGAUGCAUGGAGAGAUGCAUCUCGAGAGCUUAUGCCCCAAGGUCGUUACCUACAAAUUCAGUUCCACAAGAGAUACGCUUCAAAUUGGGAGACUUCGCAAGACCUGGUGCACAUGCUGAAGCGAUUUUUCUGGACAGAAGACCUCGUACAGUUUCAAAAAGCAAGCUUUGAGUCCUUCAUAGCUAAGCGGGAAGAACGUUAG